CCCUUUAAGAUAUUAUCAGACUUACUGGUGCUUGAACUGCUCUAGCUGACGUCUUUAAUCCCUUCAGACCUGUGAGAGCUAAAGCUGAGCUGCACUGGAGAAGCAGAAGAAAAAGAAAAGGAGCUCUUCUUUUGUUAGCAUUCCCUCCUUUAACUCUGGAUAAAAUGGGUCGAAAAGAAGAAGAGGACAGCAGUGCAUGGAAGAAGCCGACAGAAAAUAUUCGAGAAAUUUUUGAAUUCAUGGAGGUGCUAGGAUCGGGAGCCUUUUCAGAAGUAUACUUAGUGAAAGAAAGACACACUGGAAAGCUCUUUGCAAUGAAGUGUGUAAAAAAGUCUCAGAAUAUUAGAGAUACUAACCUAGAAAAUGAAAUUGCGGUUCUUAAAAGAAUAAAACACGAGAACAUUGUGGCACUGGAAGACAUUUAUGAGAGCCCGACUCAUUUCUACUUGCUCAUGGAAGUGGUAUCUGGAGGGGAACUUUUUGACAGAAUACUAGAGCGUGGAGUAUACACAGAAAAGGAUGCAAGCAUUGUCAUUAAUCAAGUUCUUAAAGCUGUCAAGUAUCUGCAUGAAAAUGGAAUUGUACACCGAGACUUAAAGCCUGAAAACCUGCUAUACCUCACUCCGCAUGAAGAUUCUAAAAUUAUGAUCACAGACUUUGGUCUGUCCAAAAUGGAAGACAAUGGCAUCAUGUCUACUGCAUGUGGAACACCGGGAUACGUUGCUCCUGAGGUCCUGGCACAGAAACCAUACAGCAAAGCUGUUGACUGCUGGUCAAUAGGAGUCAUUACCUACAUUCUACUCUGUGGUUACCCUCCUUUUUAUGAAGAUACUGAAUCUCAGCUGUUUGCAAGAAUUACAGAAGGAAAAUAUGAAUUUGACUCACCAUUCUGGGAUGACAUCUCUGAAUCAGCAAAGGAUUUUAUUCGAUGUUUAUUAGAAAAAGAUCCGGAUAAGAGAUAUACCUGUGAGCAGGCUCUACAACACCCCUGGAUUGCAGGAAACACUGCCCUGCAUCAUGACAUCUACAGAUCCAUCAGCAUGCAGCUACAGAGGAAUUUUGCAAGGAACAAAUGGAGAAAAGUCUUCAACGCUGCUGCCGUUGUCCAUCGAAUGAAAAAGCUCCACAUGACAGCCAGCUGCAACGCUGAACACAGAAGAGCUCUUCCUUCAAUUAAAAUAUCAGAAGCCUCAAGACCUAGUACCCCAAAUAAGGUCCUACACUUAUCUACCAGCCCAGACCAAAAAAAUGACAGAUUAACACCCAGAUCAGUCAGCGAAGAACAUCUGAAAACCCCUAUCAACAACAACUGCAGAAUUCACCAAGCCAAUGAAGCUAACAACACAUUAAAUAACUCAACAAAGACCAACACAGAACAACAAGCAAAGGCACCAAAAACAGAAAAUGGCAACUCUGCAAACAGGAGCUGUUCUUCUGUUAAAAGGGACAAAAAGCAAAGAUCACACAUAGAGGCAGCACUACUUAAUGGAACAGUCAAAGAACAAUCCUUUGCUCCAACAGUUAUUGUCCCAGUGAAGGGCUCUGCUCAUGGUCACUGUGGACCAGUGCAAACUGGGGUUUGUUUAGUCAUGUGACUUCAAUGCCUGAAGACUUCCUUGCUAAUACUUUGUGAUGAGAGCAGGUGAAUUUUACACUUUUAUUCUGUAGCUAGACAUCUGGUGUCAAAACAUAUCAGAGCAAGUUGGCAGUCUGAAGACUGAAGUGCAGGAAGCGAUCUGCUCUGACCCAUCGCAGCUUUAUUUCAAAUGACUGUACAUUUACUUGGAACUCAUAAGUGAAGUAAUCUGACAACAUCAUUCAUUUAAAAGAUGCUGCUUUGGAAAGCCAUUGUAUUGCACUGAGAUGAGGCACUUUUGAAAAGGCUGGAUUCACAUUCAUUCAUUUACAUGUGCAUAUUAUUAACUUACAAUGACGAAGAAAGGUGUCAGGAUGUAAUAUGCAACUGCAGUGAAAGCCAGUGAAAAGAUUUGGUGUAAAAGAAAUAUCAUCAAUCCUGUUGUGUAAUCUAAAGAUACUUUAAAUGAUCAGUUUGUAAAUUAUCUUUACUAAGUGAUGAUUCAUUCUAUGAGCUGCAUAAUUCAUGUUAUAAGCUUAUUAUUUAAAUCCAUUGUUCUGGUUUGUGGUAUUAGUUUUGAAGAUUGGUCCUAUAUAUUUGUGUAAUAUAUGCCAUACUUUUGCUUAUAGCUGUUCUAAUAUUUUAGAUGUUGGAAUCUCUUUGAUCUUAUACCUGAAGUGGUUUCUUUUCAUAGAACUACUCUGGCAAAAGAGAUUUACAUAUUUUUGUUACCGAUUGGCUACAUUUGUAAUAUAUGUAAGGCAUUAUUAUCAGGUGCAAGGUAAAAUUCAUUGUUUUCAACUGAAUAAAAUUAAACUGUAUUUUUUUAAAGUGCAGCUUCAGUUGUUACAUCAGUUUCAGAGUUUUGAACUAAUAAUGCUUAGGUAUAUCAAGUGCAACUGAAUACCUGUUUUAAUGAAAUGAAGCUCAGACAUUCACUCAUGACUACUCCAGCCCUGCCUUAAAUAUAGUCAUGCUCUCUUUGGGGCUUCUCUUGAGGCAGCCAGUAUCAUUGGUAGUAGAAGCUAGCUCCUUACACCACUCUCUCAUCAAUAAAAAAACAAUUUU